CUCCCCUUUUUUUUCUUCUCUUCUCUUGGUCUCGUCAGUUACCUACUAAUAAGCUUCUUGAGAACAGAGAAAGACGUGGAAAAAGUAAACGCUUUUUAUCCAGACUCUUCUUCACGUCAAUCCCUUGUGUGGUGUCACUGGGCCAUGGUUCGCAAGAAAGGGUCCCUUAUCUUGUGUGGAGCUUUUCUAUUUGUCGCAUGGAAUGCCCUGCUUCUUCUCUUUCUGUGGGGAAGGCCACCCAUUGGUAGACUUGGAGAAGGAGGAGGAGCUGAGCCAGGUGCAGGAGAGGCGUGGAGAGCUGGGAAAGGGGGCGGAGCCAGUGGAUUGGCCGGUGAAGUGAUCAGAUUGGCAGAGGAGGUGGAAUUGGAACUGGAGACUCAGAAAAAACUUCUAAAACAGAUACAAAGUCACAGAUCACUGUGGGAACAGCAUAAAGAUGCUGUAAAAAGAGACGCGGGAGACACAAAGGAGAAACAGGACAAACUUAAAGAACCUCAGCAGGUGCCCCAGUUACCCAUCCUGGAUGAAAACAAAAUUAUUCAGGAAAAUGUCCAGGUUUCUGUUGUCAUGUCUCCUCCCACAGUCUUAAACCAGGGCAAGCAGUCAGAUGAUGACAAACAAUUUGCUCAAAAUAAAGUGGGCCUUACUGGUCCUAGUCCUCAAACUGUCAUCCCAAUCUUAGUCAUCGCUUGUGACAGAGUCACAGUGAAAAGGAGCUUGGACAAACUGAUACAGUACCGUCCUUCAGUUGAACUUUACCCAAUCAUCGUCAGUCAGGACUGUGGUCACAUGGACACUGCCCGGGUAAUUGGCUCCUAUGGUAGUCAAGUGACCCACAUUAGCCAGCCAGAUCUCUCAGAAAUUCCAGUUCGGCCAGAUCACAGAAAGUUCCAGGGCUAUUACAAGAUUGCCAGACACUACCGUUGGGCUCUAAACCAAGUGUUCAACACAUUCAGUUACUCCACUGUGGUCAUUGUAGAGGAUGACUUGGAGGUGGCUCCAGACUUUUUUGAGUAUUUCCGCGCUCUCUACCCUAUCCUGCGCUCCGACCCCACUCUGUGGUGCAUCUCUGCCUGGAACGACAAUGGACGGGAGGGUCUGGUGGACCCUGGUAAGCCAGACCUCUUAUACCGAACAGAUUUCUUUCCUGGCCUGGGAUGGAUGCUGCUGAAGGAGUUGUGGGCCGAGCUCGAGCCCAAAUGGCCCAAAGCGUUCUGGGAUGACUGGAUGCGUCAUCCACAGCAAAGAAAAGACCGUUCUUGCAUUCGGCCAGAAAUCUCCAGAACUAUGACGUUUGGCCGCAAAGGAGUUAGUUUGGGUCAAUUUUUUGACCAGUAUCUGCGCUACAUUAAAUUGAACACUGAAUUUGUGCCUUUCACAAAACGGGAUUUGUCUUAUUUGAUUGGCGAACGGUAUGAUGAAGACUUUGUUAAGGAGGUGUACAGUGCCCAUUUGAUAAAGGUAGAGGAUCUACAGCAAGCUGGUAGUUUGAAAGGCUCUGGCCCAUUCAGAGUGCAGUACUCCAGCAGGGACGGUUUCAAAGUGCUGGCCCGUAAUCUGGGGGUGAUGGACGACUUGAAGUCAGGGGUUCCCCGUACUGGCUACAGAGGUGUGGUCAGCUUUCUGUCACAUGGUCGAAGGAUUUAUCUGGCACCCCCUGAGGGGUGGACAAAAUAUGACACGAGCUGGAGUUGAAAGGUUGAGUUGCAGCCAUGGGCCUUGAAAAAAUAGACUGACUUCUGCAGAAAACCAUGCAGAAAGAGAGGAACACCUCUCAAACCAAAGAAAACAGGCAGGGUGUGAAAGAUUAUGAAAAUCCCAAUUGUAAUGCAUGAUUAAAAUACAUGGUGAAGGAAAAGGGAUUUUAUUAGGGAAAGUCACUUUGUUGUCUUGGGUGAUGGUUGUUGUAACACCCUGUCAUACUGGGAACAGCACAAAAGUUGGUACCUCAUGCACAUGCAACAGUCUUACUCGGAGAAGACCAUAGCAGAGUCCUGCUAUUUCUUAUCCACCGCUCAUGAAGGCAGUGCAGGAAACGCUGUUCUUCUCAGGAUCAUGUGACUAUUGUCGCUCAGUUUAAAAGUAUUAGCUUUUGUGUUAUUCCUAGUUUCAAACUCAGUGCAUUGAAAGGUUGGUUUUGUGUUGUCUACUAUAUUGUAUGUUCUUUGACAAGAUCUGUCCUGUGAUUGACAGAAUGAAGUUUUUUUCCAGCAAGUCACUGACAUUAUUCUAAGUGGCAUUAUUACUGACAUUCUAAAUCAAGUACACCAGUUGUAAAUGUUGACUAAUUUGAUCAAUCCAUUCAAGCAAAAGAUUGAUCUUUUAAAAAUGAUAAUCUUUAAAAAAGAAUUAUCUUUUAAAAUAGCACUAUUUUGAUUAAGUUAAAUUUUGUGCCAGGAAUGAUUAGCCUGAAGGUUCAUGCAUCCAGAACACCAAAACUCAUAAUCUACAGAUCUGUGAUGUUUUGUUGAAGUAAUGUACUUGAACCCUUCUUCAUUCUCCUUAAGAUGGGAGAGAUUUCAUUGCAUUUCGAAGAUGUCCUAAAUGUUAGGUUUGUUGCAAAACCAAUGACCAUAAAUGUUGCUUUACAUGUUCUUUUGAAGGCAUUCAUUUAAAUUGAUACAAGUAGGUGGGAUGAGGGGGAAAUUCUAAUAUAAUUUAAAUACACUAUAUUGAGACUUUUGUGACAGCAUUUGAUGUAUUCAAAUGUAUGUAUGUAUGACAGUAUAAAGACCACUGCCUGAUGUGUUGUUUAUAAAUUUAUUACGAGAAUAAAUGACUAUUUUGAUAUGUCGGUAUACAUGGAA